AUGGAUCCAUCGGAUUAUUUCACCGGAAACAAUCCUUCCGAUCAACAGAACCAGAAACGACAGCUACAGAUCUGCGGUCCUCGUCCUUCACCUCUCAGCGUCCACAAAGACUCUCACAAGAUCAAGAAACCUCCCAAACACCCUGCUCCGCCGCCUCCUCAGCACAACCAAGCUCCGGUCUACGCUCCUCGAGAGCCGGUGGUUAUCUACGCCGUCUCCCCUAAGGUCGUGCACACCACAGCCUCCGAUUUCAUGAACGUCGUCCAGCGUCUCACCGGAAUCUCCGCCGGAGUCUUCCACGAAUCCGGAAACGGCGGAGAUGUGUCACCGGCGGCGAGACUCGCCGCGACGGAGAAUGCUAGUCCAAGAGGAGGAAAGGAACCGACGGCGGCUAAAGAAGAGACGGUGGAGAUAGCGACGGCUAUGGAAGAAGCAGCUGAGUUCAGUGGUUAUGCGCCGGGAAUACUCUCGCCAUCUCCGGCUAUGUUGCCGACAGCUUCCGCCGGAAUAUUCUCGCCGGCGGGAUUAAUGAGUCCGUUUUUAUUGUAUAGUCCUGGCUAUGCUAGCUUGGUUGCUUCACCAACGUUUGCUGAUGUCUUUAGUAGUCAUAUUUGGGAUCUUUAG